AUGUCCCUCGAGCCUUACCAACACGAGCCGCUCCCUGAUUCCCGCAGAUACAUCCGCCUCGUCAAGAUACACCCGGCAUCUAACAAGGACCCUCUGACUAUAUCCGUCAAAGCUUACGAGAGAACUUCUGCCCCUGAAUAUACUGCAUUGUCCUAUACUUGGAGAGACAGGCGACUCACGAAGGGAAUCUCCGCCAAUGGAAGGCUUCUCCUCAUCACCGAGAACUGCUGGUAUGCUUUGGGUCAACUGCGUCUGAAGAAUUUCGGCGAAUACUGCUGGGUUGACACGAUAUGUAUCAAUCAGGCGGACAACGCGGAGAAGAGCGCACAGGUGGACCUCAUGGGAGCCAUCUACCAGAAUGCGGCACUGUGUGCCAUUGCUGUGGGCCGCCAUGAUCGCACUACCGGGGAUUUGUUUCGACUAAUGAAAGGCCUAGGCAUCACACGAGAUUCAACUACAACCAAAGCCAACCUAGCACAGCUCGAUCACGAGACUCUGGAAUCCCUGGCCCGUGGCCUCAUAGCACUUGGCACGCAUCCGUGUUGGAGUCAUCUGUGGAUAGUCCAAGAGUUCGCGCUCCCCUCGAACGUGGUUCUUCUUCGUGGCAGUAGCUCGGUUCCGUUCGAUAUCAUCGCGGCUGUCAACAACGGCUUGCGAGAAAUCUUGCGAGGCACUGCGGACCCAAAGUUCGUGACUGGAAACGAUCAUACCAUGCUGGAAUCUACCCCAAUGUCGGCCACAAUGCGACUUCGACGAAUCAUCCGAGGUUCACCAAAAGGUCUCCUCACUUUUGAAAAACUUCUUGAUCUUCUCGGACCGAGGGAUUGUGAUGACAUCCGCGAUCGUAUCUUUGGCAUUCUUUCACUGGUGCAGAGGAGUGAUGGCGUCGAGUCGCUCGCCGCAGACUACUCGCUUUCGAGGACGGAACUGGCUAUCAAGACUCUGCGACUUUGUAGUGGUGCUCAGCUAGAGGUUGCGAGUCGGGUCGUGCGCUUGCUUGACAUUGGGCGCGGUGACCGGGGAAUGUUGAAAAUACGGCAGCACCGUAUGUUGAGCCAUGACCAUGUGCCAACCAGUCGUCCACUCUCAGUCGGACAACGAGCACGCUUCGGGACCACUGUACAAGCCUUUCGAAUCACCGACCAAACGCCGCUCUUCCCGUGGUCCGACCGCUGGCGCUGCCUUAUGUGCCCGUUGCAAGACAGUCCCACAGAGCGCACGACAAACAAUUUCACCGCCUGGCUCAGGACUCGUCCAAUCAUGGUUCCGGCGGAUUAA